CCAACAAGACCUCAGGGGAUCCGCCGUCUCACAAAUCUAUGGCAUUUGCACCUCCUAAAAACAUGGAUGGCCCAAAGCUACAGACCAAAAUGAGCAUGUGGACCCCCCUCAACCAUCAGCUCAUGAAUGACAAGGUAUUUGAAGAAAGAAGAAUCCUACUUGGAAAAUGGUUUGACAAGUGGACGGACGCGCAGAGGCGCAGGGUGCUGGGGGAGCUGCUGGAGCGCUGCUCCCCGGCGCAGCAGAAGUUCUGCGCCAGGCACCUGCAGGAGCGAGUCCCCGCCGCGGCGCUGGAUUUCACCACGCAGCUCCCCCGGGUGCUCUCCUUGUACAUCUUGUCCUUCCUGGAUCCUCGGAGCCUCUGUCGGUGUGCACAGGUGAGCUGGCACUGGAAGUACCUGUCGGAGCUGGAUCAGCUCUGGAUGCUGAAGUGCCUACGUUUUGGCUGGUAUAUCAACUUCUCCCCAACCCCAUUUGAGCAAGGAAUCUGGAAGAAACAUUACAUUGAGAUGGUGAAAGAGCUGCGUGUCACAAGGCCAAAGACCCCUCCAAAGGAUGAGUUUGUAGUUACUGAUGUGCAGCCGGUAAGGAGCAACGUCCCAGAGGGGAAACUUUCCCUGUCAUCAGCUUUGAGAUCAGCCUCUGUGCUAGGAAAGAGGAGAGACAAGGAGAAGAAAGAGCUGCCGCCGUGGCGCUCGUCCGACAGGCAUCCGACGGACACCGUCCGCUUCAACUACCUCGACAACUAUGACCCCAUCGAGCAGGCGAGGCAGGCGAGGAGGAAAGGAGGAGGGGAGACCUCAGACCUGAGUCGUCAGGCGGCCGAGAAAAAAAAGAAACCGGCCCGAGGAGCUCCCGAGCUCCGGAAGGCAAAUUCCCUGCUGUCACUUUCGGCAGAUCUUGAAUCUGUCCCGAAAACUCCCGGUCGUCCCAGCUGGGCCGCUCGCCAGCCCGCGGGAAUCCUCAGCAAAGCAGCGGUGAAGACCCUCGUCCAAAGCUCCCGGUGGAACGCGGGGAUCCGACCAGCGCCCGUGCAAGCGGCAGCGCCGACGCGGCGGGAAAGAGGGAGGAAGGACUCCAGCAGGACACGCAGCAGCUGUCCAUCACCUCCAGUGUUUGAGGCGCAGCCAUGGCACAUUCCUCCCUCAAACCAAGGAUCUGAUACGGAGUGAGGAGGAUCCGGAGUGUCUUUCAUGGCAGCA